GCGCGCGCGAGUCCCGGGCGUUCGCCAUGGCGUUCUCCGAGCCCAACCCUGCCGCGUCCUCCCUGCCCAAUGGCGACUGCGGCCGCCCCAAGGCGCGGCCCGGCGGCGGGAACCGGGUGACGGUGGUCCUCGGGGCGCAGUGGGGCGACGAGGGCAAAGGCAAGGUGGUGGAUCUGCUCGCGCAGGACGCCGACAUCGUCUGCCGCUGCCAGGGAGGAAAUAAUGCUGGCCAUACAGUUGUUGUAGAUUCUGUGGAAUAUGAUUUUCAUCUUUUACCCAGUGGAAUAAUUAAUCCAAAUGUUACUGCAUUUAUUGGAAAUGGCGUGGUAAUACAUCUACCCGGACUGUUUGAGGAAGCAGAUAAAAAUGUUCAAAAAGGAAAAGGUCUAGAAGGCUGGGAAAAAAGACUUAUCAUAUCUGAUAGAGCACAUAUUGUAUUUGAUUUUCAUCAAGCUGCUGAUGGUAUCCAGGAACAACAGAGACAAGAGCAAGCAGGAAAAAAUUUGGGUACCACAAAAAAGGGCAUUGGCCCAGUGUAUUCUUCCAAAGCUGCUCGGAGUGGACUCAGAAUGUGUGACCUUGUUUCUGACUUUGAUGGCUUCUCUGAGAGGUUCAAAGUUUUGGCUAACCAGUAUAAAUCAAUAUAUCCUACUUUGGAAAUAGAUAUUGAAGGUGAAUUACAAAAACUCAAGGGUUAUAUGGAAAGAAUUAAACCAAUGGUGAGGGAUGGUGUUUAUUUUCUAUAUGAAGCCCUACAUGGACCACCAAAGAAAAUUUUGGUAGAAGGGGCAAAUGCAGCGCUACUUGAUAUUGAUUUUGGUACAUAUCCUUUUGUAACCUCCUCAAACUGUACUGUUGGAGGUGUUUGUACUGGAUUAGGUAUGCCACCUCAGAAUGUUGGAGAAGUAUAUGGAGUUGUGAAAGCUUAUACAACUAGGGUUGGGAUUGGUGCCUUUCCUACGGAACAAGACAAUGAAAUUGGGGAAUUAUUACAAACGAGGGGUAGAGAGUUUGGUGUAACUACUGGAAGGAAAAGAAGAUGUGGAUGGCUUGACCUUGUUUUGCUCAAAUAUGCACAUAUGAUUAAUGGAUUUACUGCGUUAGCACUUACCAAAUUGGAUAUUUUGGACAUGUUUACAGAAAUAAAAGUUGGAGUUGCUUACAAGUUAGAUGGUGAUAUCAUACCUCAUUUCCCAGCAAACCAAGAAGUCUUAAAUAAAGUAGAAGUUCAAUAUAAGACUCUGCCAGGAUGGAACACAGAUAUAUCAAAUGCAAGGACGUUUAAAGAACUACCUAUUAAUGCUCAAAAUUAUGUUCGAUUUAUUGAAGAUGAACUUCAAAUUCCAGUUAAAUGGAUUGGUGUUGGAAAAUCCAGAGAAUCUAUGAUUCAACUCUUUUAAGGAUUUCCAGUGAUGCAAGAUACACUCCUUGAAAGGGGAAGAGGGAAGGACUUUCAUAAAUAUUUCAGUUUUGAUCUAUCUGCAAAUUUCAAGAAUAAAAACUUUGAAGUGCAUUUUAAGCCUUGCAGUUGUUUCCAGUCUUUAAGAUGGCCGGCUGGUGUGAAGAUACACCUUUGAUGUAUUCCAUUGUCAGCUUCCUUGGCUGGCACAAUUGCUGAUCAUUUUUUUGCUCCUGCUGCCCAUGGUGCACAUUUUCCUUUAAUGUUUAGUAAUAGUUUAAUUCUUGUUGUUUGAAAUCUUCAGUGUAGUUUUUCAUCUGUCAUUGUGUCAUUGUUUUACCUCUAUUAAAUGGUAAAAAUAAAUAAUGCAGUUUUGCACAAAUA